AUGAGGCACAGUCUCCACUUGACCUUCCUGUGUCUGAGUCUCCUCACUGGAAGGAUGUGUAUCCAGGGGAAUCAGUUUACCAUCAAGGCCAGCAGAAGUGACAAGCUGUCCCUGCCUGGCUUUGAGAAUCUCACAGCAGGAUAUAACAAGUUUCUCAGGCCCAAUUUUGGUGGAGAACCUGUUCAGAUAGCACUGACUCUGGACAUUGCAAGUAUUUCCAGUAUUUCAGAGAGUAACAUGGACUACACAGCCACCAUAUACCUCAGACAGCGCUGGACGGACCAGCGGCUGGUGUUCGAAGGCGACAAGAGCUUCACUCUGGAUGCGCGCCUAGUGGAGUUCCUCUGGGUGCCAGACACUUACAUCGUGGAGUCCAAAAAGUCCUUCCUCCAUGAAGUCACUGUGGGAAACAGGCUCAUCCGCCUCUUCUCCAAUGGCACAGUCCUGUAUGCUCUCAGAAUCACAACAACCGUUGCAUGUAACAUGGACCUGUCUAAAUACCCCAUGGACACACAGACAUGCAAGUUGCAACUAGAAAGCUGGGGCUAUGAUGGGAAUGACGUGGAGUUCAGCUGGCUGAGAGGGAAUGACUCUGUGCGCGGGCUGGAGAACCUGCGGCUUGCUCAGUACACCGUACAACAAUAUUUCACGUUAGCUACCAGAUCGCAGCAGGAAACAGGAAAUUAUACACGACUGGUCUUGCAAUUUGAGCUUCAGAGGAAUGUCCUGUAUUUCAUUUUGGAAACUUAUCUUCCUUCCACUUUCCUGGUGGUGUUAUCCUGGGUUUCGUUUUGGAUCUCCCUUGAUUCAGUUCCUGCAAGAACCUGCAUUGGAGUGACCACUGUAUUGUCAAUGACCACACUGAUGAUUGGGUCCCGCACUUCUCUUCCGAACACCAACUGCUUCAUAAAGGCCAUUGACGUGUACCUGGGGAUCUGCUUUAGCUUCGUGUUUGGGGCCCUCCUGGAAUAUGCAGUUGCCCACUACAGCUCCCUACAGCAGAUGGCAGCCAAAGAUAGGGGGAAGGCAAAAGAAGUGGAAGAAGUCAACAUCACUAACAUCAUCAACAGCUCCAUCUCCACCUUUAAACGGAAGAUCAGCUUGGCCAGCAUUGAAAUUUCCAGCGAUAACGUUGACUACAGUGACCUGACAAUGAAAACUAGUGACAAGUUCAAGUUCAUCUUCCGAGAUAAGAUGGGCAGGAUUGUUGAUUAUUUCACAAUUCAAAACCCCAGUAAUGUUGAUCGAUAUUCCAAACUACUAUUUCCUUUGAUUUUUAUGCUAGCCAAUGUAUUUUACUGGGCAUACUACAUGUAUUUUUGA